CAUUUAACCGCGUAAUCAAAAAGACCUGGUUUCGAAGUGUGAUCGAAAUAAAAACGAAAGUUUCGGUUGUCAUUUCAUGAAUAUGUCACUGAUAUCGGCAACGUCAAUGUCUGUCUCUGUGAUUGCUAAGUGAGAGUUUGUUUAUUGUUAUUAUAUCGUACUGUAAAUAAAAUAAAUAGUACAUAUUUCGUUUAAUAAGUAAUGUGAUACAAGAUAACAUACCAUGACAGAAUCAUCAAAAUCGAAGUCUUCUUCUUUGAACUUAAAUCCGUCACCCACUUUACAAUGUAAAGAUCUUCACGAAUAUCUAAAAAGUCGUUCCCCGCAGUUUUUGGAGACUUUGUACAACUAUCCUACGAUAUGUUUAGCUGUAUACCGAGAGUUGCCGGAGUUGGCUCGUCAUUUCGUCAUCCGACUGCUGUUUGUGGAGCAGCCGGUACCACAGGCGGUCGUCACAUCCUGGGUUUCUCAGACAUAUGCAAAGGAGCAGGCAAAGUCAUGUGAGGCCCUGUCAGAGCUGCUGGUGUGGCAGGAGGCACCCAUUCCUGGUGGCAUGCCAGGCUGGAUGCUCGCUCAGUCAUUUAAGAAGAAUCUCAAAGUUGCUCUGCUUGGAGGUGGCCGCCCAUGGAGCAUGUCUUCAUCAUUAGAACCUGAUGGCAAGGCUCGUGAUGUGGCUUUCUUAGAUGCGUAUGCACUGGAGAGGUGGGAGUGUGUGCUGCACUACAUGGUGGGCAGUGCUCAGACAGAGGGCAUCAGUGCUGAUGCUGUGAGGAUCCUGCUACAUGCUGGACUCAUGACCAGAGAUGCGGAAGAUGGGUCGGCAGUGAUUACUCGCGCCGGAUUCCAGUUCCUCCUGCUGAGUACUUCUAAACAGGUGUGGUUGUUUCUGCAACACUACCUCCACACGGCUGAGAAGCGCAGUCUGAGCGCGGCGGAGUGCCUCGCCUUCCUGUAUCAACUUAGUUUUAGUACACUCGGAAAGGAUUAUAGCACUGAAGGAAUGAGCAACAACAUGCUGGUGUUUCUGCAACACCUCAGGGAGUUUGGACUUGUAUACCAAAGGAAGCGCAAGGCCGGGCGCUUCUACCCGACGCGGCUGGCGCUGAACAUGGCCCGCGGGGACUCGACGGGCCCGCCGGCGGGCGUGGGGCCGGGCGCCGCGCGCGGCUACAUCCUGGUGGAGACCAACUACCGCGUGUACGCCUACACGCAGACCAGCCUGCAGGUGGCGCUGCUGGGGCUGUUCACGGAGCUGCUGUACCGCUUCCCCAACCUGGUGGUGGGCGUGCUGACGCGCGAGUCGCUGCGCGCGGCGCUGCGCGGCGGCAUCACGGCGGCGCAGGUGCUGCGCUACCUGCAGCAGCACGCGCACCCGCGCCUGCUGGCCGCCGAGCCCGGGGCCCAGCCCGGCCUGCCGCCCACCGUCGUCGACCAGAUCAAGCUCUGGGAGAGCGAGCGGAACCGCUUCACCUACACCGAGGGCGUCGUCUACAACCAGUUCCUGUCGCAGGCGGACUUCGUGGUGCUGCGCGACCACGCAAAGCUGCAGGGUGUGCUGACGUGGCAGAACGAGCGCUCACGAACCAUGGUGGUCACCCGCCAGGGACAUGAUGACGUCAAGAAGUUCUGGAAGCGGUACUCCAAGACAUCCUAGUGGCAGAGCCUGGAAAUAGGCUGGGAGAGACAGAUAUCAGGCUGCUAUUGGAAAGAGAACCACACACAAUUGCUACCAGUUAUAGUGUGCCUUUGUAGCUAAUGAUGGCCUCUAAGACAUGCAUGUUGAAGGUGUAUAUGAGUAAUAUCAGCAGCCACAAUGUUUACCAAUAUUUUGAUAGACCGGAGUUACGCGGUAAGGUAGAUAACUUCAUCAUGUUUCUUAUAAUGGAUGCCUGGAUGAUAAAUGUCGAAAGUCGACAAAAAUAAGUAUCGAUUCAAAGGGAAUGUGAAAUGGGUAGUGCCAAAAGUAAAAUUGUUGGUUAUUGUAUAAGAAUAAGCUUAAACCAGCUUUGAGUUAUGAAUGACGAAUAGUUGGGCAAGUGCUAAGUUUUCAGCAGCAUACAAUGAAAUGUACGCAUAAUGUUUGUGUGAGUAGAUCUCAGUCUCUUUGUAUUACUCGGCGCUGUGCGGUACGGCCGAUUGUGUAAAUAAACAUAUUUUUCUUAA